AGCGCGGUCGAAAACACAGGUAGGUCGUCGUUCGCCAGAAAUGUUCGAGAAGUUUGAAAUCGCGCUGACGCAACGAUGAAGGGGGGAUCAGGAGAAACGUUUCGGUCGUGAUUCGUGGAGGACGGACAGACGUUGCCGGCGGACCCGGUGCCCACAUGGAUUAUGUCCACCCCGUGUGCGGGAGAAGUCCGGACGUCGGGUCCAUGAGAAACUGACAGGUAUCCAGGAGACAGCGGCCAGUGUGUGACCAGUACGCCUACAGAUUCCCUAUGUUGCAAGAGGAAACUUCUCCAGAACCUCGGUGAUUCCUUCAAGUGACACACCUUUUAUUGGCUGGCGGUGCCGGGCGGGCCGGGUCAUGCUGAUGGACCAGGACACUCAGUGGUUGUACCAGCUCCUGGCCGAGGUCCAGCUGGAGAAGUUCUACCUGCGCAUCCGCGAUGGCCUCAACAUCACCCGCAUCGAGCACUUUGCCUACGUCAAGGAGGCUGACCUGGAGCAGAUUGGCAUCAGCAAGCCAGCACAGAGACGAUUGUGGGAUGCCCUGAAACGCUACAAGACGAACAUGAGGCCGCGGUCGUGGAUAGCCAAGGUACAGGCGUUCAGCGGUCGAGGUCCGGAUGGAGGAGAGCAGUGGAGUGUGGCGGGUCAGGGCCAGGAGCCGGGGGGCCGCCCCCUCCCUUGUCUGAUCCAGGAUAGAGAGCUGGUCCUGGGGGAGAAGCUGGGCUCGGGCUCCUUCGGCGUGGUGAAGAGGGGAGAGUGGCACACCCCCACCGGGAAAGUGCUGUCUGUGGCGGUCAAAUCCCUGAGGAGCAGUUUGUCCAGACAGACGAACAUGCUGACGGACUUCCUGCAAGAAGUGACCACCAUGCAGUCGCUGAACCACCCGAACAUCAUCCGGCUGUACGGCGUGGUGCUCACACAGCCGCUCAAGAUGGUAACAGAGCUGGCGGUCCUAGGCUCUCUCUAUGACACCCUGCGGUCCCGUCAGUAUGAGUAUCCUCUGCUGCGUUUCUGGCUCUUUGCCACCCAGAUCGUGGCGGGCAUGGAGUACCUGGAGAGCUGUAGAUUCAUCCAUAGGGACCUGGCGGCCCGAAAUGUCCUGCUGGCCUCCAGAGAGCAGGUCAAAAUCGGGGACUUUGGCCUAAUGAGGGGCCUGACCCAGGAGGCAGACCACUAUGUAAUGACGGCACACAGAAGGAUCCCGUUUGCAUGGUGUGCUCCAGAGAGUCUGCGGGUGGGCUCCUUCUCCCACUCCUCAGACGUGUGGAUGUUUGGGGUUACCCUAUGGGAGAUGUUCACCUACUGUGAGGAGCCCUGGUUUGGCCUGUCUGGCAGACAGAUCCUGUGGCGUGUGGAGCGGGAGGGGGAGCGUCUAGAGAGACCUCCAGACUGUCCUCAGGAGCUGUUUGGCGUGAUGAGGAAGUGCUGGGCUUGUAACCCUGCUGACCGGCCCACCUUCUCCCAGCUCACCACCAUGGUGGCAGAGGCCAAGCCAUUGGAGGUGCAAGCGGUAAGGGACUUUGCUGAACUCAGGAAACUCCCUCUCCAGGCCAACGACUUUGUGACUGUCAUAGACCACGGUCUGGAGUUGUCUGAGUGGAAAGGUCAGAACCAGAGGACGCUGAUGGUGGGCUGGUUUCCUGGAAGUCUGGCUGCACCAUCCUUCACCGUUCCCACCACCACCACCACCGGCCCCAACCCCAGUCCCGGCCUGCCGUCUGGUCCCUCCCACAUCUCCCCCCCACUGAAGGGCAGUUUACAACACACUGGGCACGGAGACAUCCAUCCUGAGCGCAGCUGGGGCACGCCCGAACGCCUCGACGACAGCGGUAACUGCAGGAUAAGCUUAGCCAACAGAGAGAAGGAGGGCUCCAAUCUCCAGAGAAUGGCAGGUAUAUCUCGUAGUCUGGAGUCGGUCCUGAGCAACCCACAGGGCAAGGCUCAGACUGGCGGUGGGGUCCGGGUGGAUCUCCAGGGCCGACCCGUUCCCAACGUGAUGGUGGCACGCAGCGUGGUGAUGCAGCAGGACCCCCGCAGAUUCAGCGAGGCCAGCGUCGUCCCCCCUCCGCGGCCUCCGCCCCCCAACUUCAAGCCCCCGAAGUCUCAGAUGGCCAUCCGAGAGCGGAGGCCCACGCUCCACCCCCCGGUCCCUGGCUCCUCCUGGCCUCCGCAGAUCCCUCAAGCCAGCCAGCCCCAGCCUCAGCAGGGUGUCGGCGGCAUCAGCAACCUGGCUAAGAUGUCCCACAUAGCCCGGUCCACCCCACAGCUGGAUGAGAAUAUUGACACCAAAGAGAGGGAGAAGGAGAGGCCCCGGGAAAAGGAAAGGUACUCAACGCAAGCACAGCAUACAAGAGGUGCUCUCAUAUCACAGAUCAUGGAGGCCGUGCAUGGAGUGACCGUGGAGGAAGUUCACAGCGCGCUGCGGCGUAAUGACUGGAACCCGGUGCGAGCGGAGCAACAGCUGAAGUUGGAGCAGUUGUAUUCGUUAAGCCUGUGUUCGCGUGAGGACUGUCUGAGGAUCCUCUCCAAAUACCAGUGGAACCUCCAGUUAGCCAGCCGCUACCUGAUCCGGAUGACACGCGAGGACCGGCCGCAGGUUAGCGCGGAGAGACGAGUUUGAAACGAACUGCAGGGUUUUUUUUUUUUUGGUUUUUUGUUUUGGUGUCAUCUUAAAGGUGGACCGAGCACACAGACCCUCCGCGCCUGCGUUCAAACGCUGACACCUUGGAGCACAACUGGAGCCGUCGACUGUCGGCCACCAAGCAGCCCUGCUUGAGAAAUGGGGAGAAAAGUGCCUUGCUUAACGGCGCUUCAAUAACACGAGGGAGAGAACACGGUUUCACUUUCAAUGCCAACACGGAAAUUUUCCCAGGUGACUCGGGUUUUGAAACCCAUGGGAGAGCGCUACGGAGGAUAUAGAAAUGGCGAAAUGACGGACGCUUUUAGGCUGAUUUGACUGUAGGAAUUUUCCAAAGGACCUUACCAGAAAAUAUUUUAUGACAGUUUUCCCCUUUGUAUGUUUUUUAAUUAACUUUUAUCCGAAUGGGUUUUUUUUUGUAUUUUAGUUUUUCUAUCUAGAUGAAUUUGUACAGAAGAAAUCAGUCUGGAUUUUUGUGUUAAAUAAAUCAUUG